GACUACUGCCACGCGGUCACAUUGUAUUCGAGAAAACUCGUGAAGUUAUAACAAGUUUGAAAAGGUGACAAAAUUUGUGAUUUAAUUAGUGUUGGACUGUAAACAAGAAUUAAAACAUAAAAUAUGUCGCUAUUUAGUGCAUUAAUGGGUGAUUUCGAUGAUGAUCUCGGAUUCAUGAACAAUCACAUGAACCACCACAUGAACGCUAUGAACAUGCAGAUGCGCUCGAUGAAUCGUUUGAUGAACUCCUUUAUGCCGGAUCCUUUCAAUAUGCUGGGUCCCUCACCAUUCGAUGCGGGAUUCCAACAGGGCUCCCUGAUGGAGCGCAAUCAAAAUGCAAUGGCGCCAAUGGGCGGCGGUUUAUUUGGCUUCCCAGCCAUGCCCAAUUUCAACCGUUUGCUAAAUGCCGACAUUGGCGGCAAUAGCGGCUCUUCGUUUUGCCAAAGCACAGUGAUGACCAUGUCCUCGGGUCCAGAUGGACGUCCACAGAUCUAUCAGGCUAGCACCAGCACCAAAACUGGACCUGGUGGCGUGCGCGAAACACGCAAGACCGUUCAAGACUCACGUUCUGGCUUGAAAAAGAUGGCCAUUGGUCAUCACAUUGGCGAUCGCGCUCACAUCAUCGAAAAGGAGCAGGAUCUGCGCUCUGGCCAGCUAGAAGAGCGCCAGGAGUUCAUCAAUUUGGACGAAGAGGAGGCCGAACAGUUCGACCGCGAGUUCACACAACGCGCAACACGCGGCAUUUUGCCUCAUGGAAGUGAUCACAGCGGCCUGCACGCCAUACGCGGCGCUCGCCCAGCUGCUGGAGGCUCAACAGUUACCAUUGAGCCGCUGGACGACGACGAUGAUGAUGAUUGUGUGAUCCAGGAGCCGACACGCACCGGCCGUCAAUUGCCAGCUCUGCCCGCACCCCCAACGGCCCCGCACAGCAGCGCCGAAACAGCAGCAACAACUUCGCCACGUCGCGACGCUCCAUCAGCAACAACCACAGCAGCAGCUGCAGCAACAACAACUUCAGCUUCUUUGCCCCAAACUUAUGAUGCAACUAACAACAAUUAUUUGGGCGUCGGAAAUACGUCAGCAUCUCGUCGCGCCUAUAUGCGCAACGGUCAGCACUUGGCCACGCCCCGUCGACCUCUACGUACGCCUUCGUCGUCGCCGCUGGCCACCGUAUCGAGCGCUAGUCACAGCAUUGCCGGCACGCCAAGCAUACAUCCACAUCCCUAUGCUGCGAAUCCGGCAGCCGCCCGUCGCCAGCAGCGUCUGAAGCAUCAUCAACAGUCAAGCGCCUCGCGUGGAUUGGAGGAUAAAGCCGAGCCGCGCGUCAAAUCGGCAAAGCGGAACAAACCUCAAUAAUAGAAUUAGGGGCAAAACCAUUUACACACACACACACACACACAAACACAAACACAUUUACCUACACAGUUAUAGCACACAUACACAUAAAAACAUUAUUACAAAACCAAAUUUAAACUCCAAUUGCAAAGCGCCAACCCAUAGUACAUGUUAUCGAUCAACAAUAAUCUAGGCACACGAACACAUACGCCUUCCCCCUCACACAUACAACUUUAAUAUAUAUAUAUAUAAUAUUUAAAUGUAUAUCCAUACAUAAAAUAUAUAUAUAUAUAUAUAUAUAUAUAUAUAUAUAUAUAUGUAACAGCAGAUUCGCGUCUCUUUCGGACGCUAUUUUUAUUUUUGUAGACAGGAUUCUUGGCUUGGUCGGCCCUACAUAUAUCCAAUAACACUUUUCGAAAGCUUUGUAGCGACAGAGAAGCUGCGCGAAUCUGCGAUAACUAUUUGAUAUCGAUAGCGAGCUCGUGCAUACCGCAGGGCAACUGUUCACACCCCCACACUUACAAACAUACACACAGAUACACAUGCACACGUAUCCACCAAUGCACACUUAUAAUGUUAAUAAAAUUUUUAGUUUAAAUGGUAAA